UCGUGGAUAUUUGGUCGAGCAAACAUUUGAAGGUAACAGAAAAGUCUCCCUCUGGCUGGCAAAGCUUCUAAAGAGAAUCAGUGAGGAUGUUGAGAUAGACUGGUCGACUUCAGCCUCGCCUCUAGCCAGGAAGCCAGCACUGCCACCCUGCCAUCAGCAGCAUGGACUAUUAUACACCCCAGUCGAAUCGCCGCCACAACCCUGUGGACAGCAUCUGCCGUAAACUGCAGACCAUUCAGUGGCGCGGCGACCGAGAGCCGAAUUCACCUUUCCAGAUCCCCAAACUCUCCUCCAGUAGUUACGACAGCCCGCAGUGUGGCCUCAGGCACAACCUGGAGGCCAUCCUGAAGAGAGGGACUCUCCACAGGGACGAAGGGGAGAAGGGCAAGGAGAAAGUCAAGGAGAACGGGAAAGGGAUGGGUAUGCAGGGCUCUGCAGCUUCCCGGAGGAGCAGCAGGGGUCCUUCUGUGCCCCUGACCACCCAUUCUACCCCAGCAUGCAAUCCUCCCACACCAGCCAAUGUCACAUACACUAUCAUGAGCACCAUGGGAGAGAGGAGGGAUGCUGAUGGGAGUGACUUAAGCAAAGUGAAGACAUGGCAGAGGUACUGUUCAACACCUGCAGGCCAGUCCAAAGACUCCCCUUACUUUACAUUCACACAGGGACCCCAGUCUGUGCAGCCGGAGAGUGAGAGGCCGUGCAGGAGCCCCCCGAUGUCCCGUACCUUCACCCCAAACCACAGCACCCUCACUUACAACCUUAACUUCUGCUCAGCGGACAUGGGGAACUCUACAGAGUGCGAGCUGCCCUACCCGGCCCUGGUUGUGAAAAGACUGUCCAUGGGAGAUGGAGGAUCGACAUUGACCUCCGAACACAGGAAGGAGAAUAUGGCAGAGAUCAGUCUGAUCUGUGAGGAGAAUCUGCUCGAUACCAUCUUCCACGCCUGUGACACCCAGCGCAGAGGUAAAGUCUAUGUGUCUCACAUUGUGGACUACUUGCGGCACACAACGAGUCGCAGCUCAGAGGACAGUGGACUGGAGGAACUCUGCAACAUGCUCGAUCCAGAACAAAAAGACGUCUCCAUCGACUUGGACACUUACCACGCUGUCAUGAAAGAGUGGAUCGAUGACUGCCGCAACAAUGGGCAAGAGCAGAAAGAUGACACCGCUCAGGACUUGGCCAGAUUCAAAGACAGCCUUUCUGCUAAGAGGUCCAUGCUGCUCAAUAUGACCUCGGGGAGCUUGGAGGGCUUCGGUGGGGAGGCAUCUAAAGCAGAAUUUGAGACAUCAGAGCUGGUUUACUGUGUUGCCGACCUUCAGAUGAGCAACCAGAAGCUCCAGGAGGAGGUGAGAAAGCUGAAGCUUGUGGUGGACGGCAUGGAGGACAGCAACCAGAAGCUGGCAGAAGAGAAUGAGGAGCUUCGCAAUCAAGCCAGGAUUACCCAGCAGCUUGCCCAGAAGGAGAAGAUGCUGAAGGAGGAGGUGGAGGAGAUGAAGACUACUCUGAGCUGUACGGAGGAAGGCAGAGCUCGUGCCUCCGCUCACAGCAAGCGAGUGGAGAGAGAAAACCAGAGUCUCAUCGGCAAGAUCGCUUCUCUUCAGGAAGAGAACUUCAAGGUCACCAUGGAGAUGGAUGAGCUUCAGAGGAGAAUAUCAGAGCUGUGUGACAUUAACACUGACCUUCAGGUGCAGAUCCACUCUUUUGAUGCUGUUGCUAGUGAGAAGGACGCUGUCAUACAAGAGAAGUUCAGACAGAUAAAUGAGCUUAAAGCAGCAGUGGAGGAGUAUUCAUCCAUCACAGAGCUGCUGAGAGCAGACAAGAGCAAGCUGGAGCACCAGAUGCAGAUGUUGCAUCCUGAUCUGGCAGGGGCUGGUCUGUCCCUGUCGGUGGCCUACAGGUUGAACCAGAGUACCUCAGGAUCCUUACAAUCAGAACUGGCACUGGCACAGUCACCACUGGAGCAGGCCCCCCAUGGAGUUGACCUGUUGUCCACCACGAUGAGCCUUGCAUCUCCACUGGAUGAGACGUUGGACAGAGAGGUGUUGCUUAUGCUGCAAGGACCCACCCCUGAACACAUGGCUCAAGAGUUCAGGAGUCUGCUAAACAAACUGAAAAGAGAUUUCAGAGAAGAAAGUGACUCCAUCCUGUCUUCAGUCAGAGCCCUGCUGGAUGACCGAGCACAGCCAGGGAGCAACACACGAACCAAACUCCAGACGGUGCAGGCUGAACUGGACACUAGGAGGGCAGACUGGGCCCUCAGCCUGGACCAGCUCGCCCUGUAUACAUCCUCGCUGGAGAAGGAGCUGAUUAAAAUGGCCGGAAACAUGAGGAGAUCCCGCACUGAGAUCCUGCACCUUUCAGUCAGGGUGCAGGAGCAGGAAAACCAGAAGCGCCAGCUGUGUGAGGAGCUGGAGCAGCUAAAGACACCUCAGGACAGCAGAGAAGCCUCAUGCCAGACACCUGUGCCAGAGGAAGAGCCUGGAGAUGACUUGGACUGGGAUGAGGAGUUUGCCCUUCAAGACUUCCUAAAGAAUGAGCUAGCAGAGAGGAACUGCAAAGAACAGGGUGGGCUAGCGAACAGCAGGCCGGAGGAGACGACAGAUAAACUGACGGACAGAGCUGAGGAGGAGGAGGGGGAGGAGAAGUGGACAGUGGUGGACACAGCUGGAGAGGGAGAAGUGAGGGACACAUCCACUCCUCUGUCUGCUCAGCCUGAAGCGGCCCAGCUUGGAGAAGGAAAUGGUCAAGACUCUGCAGCCUGCACUGAGUCAGAGCCAGAAGUGAGCUGUCAGUCUGUACAGGAGGUAACAGCAGUGCCAUCGAGCGCCCACUCACAAGCUGUCAGCCUUAGACAGCCUGAGGCGGAUGCUCUUUCUGAUCUGUCCCACUCAGAGACCAACACAGAUGCAGAGGUUCCUGAGACUGCAGGAUCUCACGCUUCUGGUCCGGGUCAAAGUAUGAGCAGCUCCCCUGAGGAACAUGAAACGGUAACGAUGAAUUGCACCUCUCCCUCAGAGGAAAAGAUGGAUCCUCCCAACGGUACAUCAGCAGAAGCAGACGGCACUACCAGCCCAGAAACGAGCACCCAGCCCACCACCGAGAACCAGCGGGGAGAAGAAGGGAAAGAAGGCGAGGCGGACUCGAGCACCAGAGCCAUGAGUCGCACUAAGAGCCUGAGCCGGGACCAAUCGGUAGACAGAUCAGCUACGGAGGACAGCACGUGUCUUCUACCAGUGUUGGUGGAAGAGGAGGAGAGUGUGCUGGACAGCACAGCCGAAGUACCCACAGUAACAGGCAGCAUGGAAGGGACGGACCAGCUCAGCAGCAGUGGAACGACCACCUUCUCUGAUAGCAGCUCUCCUCAGCCACCAUCGGCCCAAACGCAUGCCAGCCAAUCGGGGAGUGGCAUGAGCAGCGUGACCUCUGACCCCAGCCAAUCAGAGGACAGUUUAGCAAAAAAGGACUCCGGCCCUCCGGGUGGCAAAAAUAAGAAGGAACUGGAGGUUUCACGCAGCAUGGAGGCCAUCGAGGAGCAAAAGGUUCAGGAGGGCCAAAGUGAAACCAGCGUGGCUACUGAGAAGGAAGCUGAGACGUCAGUGAGCUCUGACACAGGUGACACCGUGAAAGAAGACAGAAAUAGCCUGUCACCAAAUGAUAAGGAGAUUGAGACAGAGUUCCAGCGCCUGGCACUGGGCUUCAAGUGUGACAUGUUCACCCUGGAGAAGAGACUCCGUCUGGAGGAGAGGUCACGUGAUCUCGCUGAAGAGAAUGUACGCAGGGAAGUGUCCAGCUGCCAAGGGUUACUACAGGCUUUGACUCCUCUGUGUGAGGAUGACAACCAGUCCAUGGAGAUCAUCCAGAGGCUCCAGAAGAACCUGGAUAUCCUCAUCCAGUCCAUGACCCGGGUGUCCAGUCGCUCUGAGAUGCUUGGUGCCAUUCACCAGGAGAGUCGUAUCGGUAAGGCUGUGGAGGUGAUGAUCCAGCACGUGGAGAACCUGAGGAGGGUGUACACGAAGGAGCACGCAGAGCUGCUGGAGCUGAGAGAGACGCUCAUGCAGAAUGAGAGGUCAUUUGGAUCCUCUGAGAGAGAGGAUUUCCGUGGCAAGAAACAGCCAGCAUCUCAGUACUACAAGUCAUCAGCACGGCGGGUCAGUAUCGCGGCGAUCCCUCGCUCUGGGGCAGGAAACAUGCACUUUGACAUGUCCAAAACACAAGAUGGUUCAGAGGCUGAAGCAGAAAGACUGACAAGGAGAUCCCCAUGGAAUGUGGCAGGGAAGAACCCGGCACGCCCCCCUCUUAAACGCUAUGUUAGCUCUGCAGCCUGGGUUGACACUGAAGAGCCGUCUCUCAUGAUGAAGGGGACAGCCUGCGACAACACUGACUGCCAGUCGGAAGAAGAGCAGAAGGAGGAGCCGGUGGCAGAGAGGAGGAGGUCCAGUCUCAGUGAGCUGGGCAGCAAACUCACCUCCUUCAUUCUGCCCCUCAAGACUCCGAGCCCUUCCUCCAGCCCGACAUCUACAGAGCCAGGAAUGGCCCAGUCUCUGUCCCAUAGCCUGACCUCCUCCCGAGCAGCCGCGGCAGCAGUAGCCAGAAGUGGCCGGGGGCUCUGGCUUUGGUUGGCAAUGGUGGUGGUGCUAGCAGGUCUCUUGGCUCUGCUGGCCAGCCUGGUGAUGCAGCCAGCAGUAGAUGCUGCCCCUGUGGGAACCGGGGACUCAUGGAUGACCAUCCAGCAGCUACUGUGGCCUUACGCAGGGCUCCGACACAAUGGACAGCCCCCCGUUUAGCCCUGAGCGCCCGGGUAGAUAGUUUAACUGGUCAUCAGUCCUCUGCAGAAAUUGUUGUUGAAGAAGGAAUCCCGAUCAGAGGCUGUUGGAUGUUUACUGGUGCCUGAGGAUUCCUCAAACAGGACUCGAGGUGACAGCACAGGCCUCAGGGGGAUAGUUAACCCUACGGAGGAGUUUCUGCAUCACAUCACGUUUGCUAAAUUAGGUAGUGUGUUUGGUGUGUAUGCGUGUGUCUUUAUUUGAAGACAAAGAGCAGUGAGCUGCUCCUGAACACAUCACGAUGCAGUUUGAGUUUCAGUGCUUCUUCUAACUGCCUCCCUGGAUCUAUCAUGUGUCAUCAAAUCAGGUUUGAUCAGUCGUCAAAGCUGGCACACAUUAGCCAAUCCCGUCAGACCUUCUUACGUACAAUAGCACUGAUUGGCCGUGUCAUACCGUGGGCCACUGUGCAGUUUCCAUGACGAUCAUCAUGGAUGAUGGCUACGACUGUGACACGCGGCUUUUUUAACACAUUUCAAGCACCUGAAAGGGGACAGCCAGCCUUUAUAAAGGAUUUUUUAUAUCUUUAAAGUCUACAAACACUGGUAAUAAAACUCAAAUUUUAAGUGUUUUUAAAUUUUUGAAAUCUUAUAUUUAUGAGUUUGUUAGUAAUGAGUGGGGACAUGUGAAUAUAUUUUUGUUAAGUUAUAAUUGUUAAAGUCUUGACACCAAAGGGUUUUUUUAUUUUUCUCUUCAUGUUCUUGCUGUGGUUGUCACCGUUUUCAACUUUAUACAUGUUCCAAAGAAGAUGCGUGGAACUUUGCACAAAUAAAGUAGCCAAUUCUACA